UCGAGAAAAAAUUGUAGACCUGCAUACAAUGUUGUAGUUUUGAAUUGUUUUCCUAGCCAUUCAGCAAUUCAUAGGGAGGAGGUGCUACAAAGUGAUGAUGUUGUCGAUGCUACGCUCAUGCAGACCAAGGCACUGCCCGACGCUGCACCUCUCUAGAGGGAUGCAGUCAUUGAGAGGCAUCCGAGUCGAGCUCUCCGAUGUUCACUGGACAAUUGGACCUGAGUUGCUGAUGGAGUAUUUCAGUCUUUACGGCGCCUAUCGUGCAGCAGUCGGCAUAGAUGCCAAAACAGGCAAACACAGUGGCCUCGGUGUCGUGCUGGUUCGCGAUGUCCCCGGCGCCACCAUCAUCUCCAAGAAACGCCAUGCGAUCAAUGGCUAUUCGCUGGCCGUUUCGAACAUUGUACGCGAAGGCGCAGUAGCAGACACCCGCCCACCCUCUGGUCUUGCACAAACCGUUACCAGCAUGCGCGGAUCACAACUAGCGGCAAGCAAUCCAAACAUGGCAUCAUCCAUGCCUCAGCAGCAGCAGCAGCCGCAGCAGCAGCCGCAGCAGCAGCAGCCGCAGCAGCAGCAGCAGCAUCUACAGGCAAGACCCGCACAACAGUGGCAACAGCAAGCCAAUGCUACUUUUCAGGUGAAUAAACAUGUAUCUGUUCACCCUAAAGAGCAGCAACAACAAUACCGCCGCCAACAGCACCAGCCGCAGCAGCAGCAACAACAAUAUCACCGCCAACAACAACAACGACAGCAGCAGCAGCAGCCGCAGCAGCAGCAACAACAGCAACAGCAACAGCAACAACUAGAAAAGACUAUUGAGCACCAGGAGAACCAGGAGCAAGGAGCAGUCCAAGAUCAGCAUGCCGAGCAUGCCACGGAUCAACAAAGCCAGCCUGAACAGGAGCAUAAGAAGGAGUCAGUCGAUCAGGAGCCCCGCAGUGAGGAGAAUGUCGAACAAGAGCAACAGGUGCAAGAACCCAAUGAACUUCAGCAGGGGCCAAUCAAUCAGGAGCCCCGCAGUGAGGAGAAUGUCGAACAAGAGCAGCAGGUGCAAGAAACCAAUGAACUUCAGCAGCAGCAAGAAGAACUCCAAGACCGGCAAGAAGCGCAAGAAGCGCAAGAGCAGCAACAGCAGGAUUUGCAAGGGCAGCAGCCAGAGCCCCAGGAACAACAACAAGAGCAACAAAUGCCACUGGAGCAACAGCAAGAAGAACCUCAGGAGGAGAAAAGAUGAUUACUCCGUCGUCCACGUGUUGUAGGUAGGACGACGGCUACACAACACUACUUAUGACUACUGCUACAUGGCACAGUUCCCUCUAGGUAUGUUGGAGCAGUUUGUAAUGGACAGUUCGGACUGAUUUCUGACGACGGCGUGUCUGAUAAGCUGGCAGACGUCCAAUGCUGUUCCGACAAGUCCGAAUCCACCACAACUGGUGGAAGCAGUGGCAACUGUCACGGAGUUGGUACACCUGGCAUGUCCGUGCUGCUCACUCUUUUGGAAGGCGCGGACGUCGGCAAUGAUUGGGUGUUGCGGCUGAAUUCACAGCGACAUGUGCGGUUGUAUUGUGAAAUGGGCCGAGGUGUUGUUGGCCCCACCAGCUUACCUUACAUGCUGUGCCGCGCCACCUGUGAUGCUGAGUGCGGAUAACUGGAUAGGGUGUGUAACGUGGGCCAGGCAUAUGCAACACGAAGCAACUUGCGCGAUGUUUGUCUUAGCUUUUUUUUAAUUCGCCAUGUAGGCUUUAGACCGGUACAUUCACCGUAGGAAUGGUGGCGACUAGUGCAGUGUUUGUGCGCACGAUCAUCACCACAACUGUGAGAUUGGCACGCAAGCUGUAUCGUUCUCCAUUGGAUUGUUCUCGCCACUAAGGACCGGCAUUGUUCUUUCUUGUCCCCCCCCUCCUUCUCUGACCGUUCUUUCCUAAUUAUUGUCCUCUUAUUUUCUGCAAGUAAUCUGCUGACUUGAGUUGAACUACAUGUGAUGAUAAAGCCAGCACAUGGUGAGACUUGGUUUAGUCUAAUUGCGAGGCCCCUGCUUUCCUGGUGGAAAACGAAUAAUUCUGCUUGAUAUUUGUGCUGCACAAGAAAUUCGUCAGCAGCGAUUCAUUCUAAAUCGUUUCCCCCAGAUAUGUUUUCACCUCUACUGCCUGGCUCCCAAGUCGAUUUAGCCGAAGGCAAGCCUUUGGUACAUCCACGUGACUGGCCUGGUACCUCACGGCCAGGGACCCAUUAUUGCUGACAGAGAAAAUCAGUGCCACGCCAGCAUGCAACAUGAGGCCAUUGAGGGGCCUGCUCAUCAUCUACUGUAUAAGUACUUUGAAGUGCAAAUUUUCGUUUGGAA